UUGAGGUGUCGAAAUGAAACUUGAACAGCUAUGACGUGACCAUCAAAGUUUCGCCCUUUCUCUACAAGAAAAAAAAAUGACGAGCAAAGUAGCAGCUUCUGCAUUUCUCUCUCGCAGCAACGAACUGAGUAAUCAUCUUCAACAAUCAUGCGUUCGGAUCCUUUCCUUCUGUGAAUCGAGUUCAUCGCGAAUUGGUUUACACAUCCACUGUCCCGUAAUCAAGCUGAGUCUUCUAGAUAAUCUCGACUUAUGCAACAAUCUUCUGAGUCUUUACUUAAAAACAGAUGGAAUCUUGAAUGCGCGUAAACUGUUCGAUGAAAUGCCGCAAAGAACCGAUUUUGCCUGGACAGUUAUGAUCUCUGCUUAUACCAAAACCCAAGAGCCUGCGUCCGCGCUUUUCUUGUUUGAAGAAAUGGUGGCUUCGGGAACAGUUCCGAACGAGUUCACGUUUUCUUCAGUGUUAAGAUCUUGUGCUGGUUUAAGAGACCUUAACUACGGAGCUCCAGUUCAUGGAUCUGUUAUAAAAACUGGGUUUUUGGGAAACUCUGUUAUAGGAAGCAGCUUGACUGAUAUGUAUUCCAAGUGCGGGAAACUUAAGGAAGCUCGUGAACUGUUUAGUUCUUGUAAGAAAAGUGCUGAUACCAUAUCGUGGACCAUGAUGAUAUCUUCUUUAGUUGAAGCUCGUAAAUGGAAGGAGGCGUUGGAGUUGUACUCUGAGAUGGUUGAAGCUGGUGUUCCUCCUAACGAGUUUACCUUCGUUAAGCUUUUAGGCGCCUCUUCCUUUCUCGGUUUGGAGUUUGGUAAAGUCAUUCAUAGCAACAUCAUCGUUCGUGGAGUUCUGCUGAAUGUGGUACUGAAGACAGCACUUGUUGAUUUCUACUCGAGGUUCUCUGAGAUGGAAGAUUCUAUAAGAGUGUUGAAUUCGACAGGAGAACAGGAUGAGUUUCUUUGGACGUCUGUGGUAUCAGGGUUUGUAAGAAACUUGAAGGUCAAGGAAGCUGUUUCUACAUUUCUUGAGAUGCGAGGUUUGGGUUUGCAACCAAAUAACUUCACAUACUCUGCAAUGUUGAGCUUAUGCUCCUCUGUCCAAUCGUUGGAUUUAGGGAAGCAGAUUCAUUCACUUACAAUUAAGGUCGGAUUAGAAGAUAGUACUGAUGUUGGAAAUGCACUUUUAGAUAUGUACAUGAAGUGCUCUACAUCAGAAGUAGAAGCUUUGAGAGUCUUCAGAGCAAUGAACUCACCAAACGUCGUCUCUUGGACAACAUUACUCUUAGGUCUUGUUGAUCACGGGUCUGAACAAGAAUGUUUUGGAGUGUUGAUGGAAAUGGUAAGACAAGGAGUGGAACCCAAUGUUGUUACUCUAUCUGGUGUUCUCCGGGUCUGCGGCAAAUUGAAAUAUAUAAGGAGAGUAUUAGAGAUUCAUGGAUAUCUACUCAGACGACACUUAGAUGGUGAAAUCAUCGUAGGGAAUUCACUCGUGGAUGCAUAUGCCAGCUCGGAUAAGGUAGCUGAUGCCUGGAACGUGGCUAAGUCAAUGGACAAGAGAGAUAAUAUCACGUACAUGAGCUUGGUUACAAGGUUUAACGAGCUGGGCAAGCAUGAAAUGGCACUAAGUGUCCUCAAACAUAUGUUUGGUGAUGGAAUCGAACCGGAUCAGUUGAGCUUACCAGGGUUUAUCUCAGCUUCAGCAAACCUGGGAGCUCUUGAAGCUGGGAAACAUCUUCAUUGCUACUCCGUGAAAUCAGGGUAUUCUAGCUCGGUUUCGGUUUCCAAUAGUUUGAUUGACAUGUACGCUAAAUGUGGUAGCUUGGAUGAUGCAAAGAGAGUUUUUGAAGAAAUAGCUACGCCCGACGUUGUUUCUUGGAACGGGUUGGUCUCAGGAUUGGCAUCAAACGGUUGUAUUUCCUCUGCUCUAUCUGCCUUUGAGGAGAUGAGGAUGAAAGGAACCGAGCCUGAUGCAGUAACAUUCCUGAUAUUGCUCUCUGCUUGUAGUAACGGAAGAUUAACCGAGAUGGGUCUUGAAUAUUUCAGAUCAAUAGAAGAGAUUCAUAACAUUAAGCCACAGGUAGAGCACUAUGUUCAUCUAGUUGAUAUCUUAGGUCGUGCAGGACGUGUAGAGGAAGCAAGAGGAGUUUUAGAGACAAUGCCGUUGAGACCAAAUGCUCUGAUCUUCAAAACAUUGUUGAGAGCUUGUAGAUACCAUGGAAAUUUAUCUCUAGGAGAAGAUAUGGCUAACAGAGGCUUAGCACUUGCACCAUAUGAUCCAGCCUUGUACAUUCUCUUGGCAGACUUAUAUGAAGAAUCUGGAAAACCAGAGUUGGCCCAAAAGACUAGAUAUUUGAUGAGUCAGAGAGGUUUGAGUAAGAAGCUAGGGAAGAGCUCUGUGGAGGUUCAAGGAAAAGUUCACAGGUUUUUCAGUGAGGAUGUUACUGAAGUUGAGAAAACAAAGGGGAUUUACGCAGAGAUAGAAUGGAUAAAGAGUGAGAUCGAAAGGUCAGGCUUCACGUACCGAGGUAAUGAAAACGCAAGCUAUCACAGCGCGAAGCAAGCUGCUGUGUUUGGUCUUGUAUAUACAUCUGCACAAACUCCAGUUCAUGUUGUUAAGAACAAGAUCUUGUGUAAGGACUGCCAUGACUUUGUGUCUCUCAUCACCCGGCUAGUGGAUAAGAAUAUAACUGUAAGAGAUGGGAAUCGAGUACAUGUCUUUAAGAAUGGUAAAUGUUCUUGCAAAGGGGAAGAAACAUCAUUUGUAUUAUCAUAG